AUGGAAGUCGCCCGCGGCGAAGGACCAGGGUUCCUGCCCGCGGAUCUGCGCCGGGACAUGGCGGCGCUCCGCGCGGCGUGCGCCCGCCGGAUCGACCACGGCCGCGAGCGCAACGCGGCGGCCGCCUCCGCCUUCCGCCACGCCCUCCUCUCCGCCCGCUCGCUCGCGGAGCAAAACGUCGCACACCGAGAAAAACUCAACAGGCUAAAGGACCAGCUCAGGGGAGUCGAAGCAGGUCUUGCAGAGGCUCUCUCCAUCCAGCAGAAGAAAGGAUCAGAACGUAAGCUCACCAGUGAGUCGAUAUCAAAUGCCACCACAACAAAAGAGCAGCUCAGCAGCUUGGUCUCGAAUCAGAGGGCUAGAAGAGACGAGUAUGCAAAUGCUACCUCACACCAGCUUCAAGCAAUCGAAGCUCUUGAAGCUAAUUUUGAUGCGGCAGGGAAGAAGAACCUAGAUGAGGCUAUUAUGUGGUACAGUAAGUUUCUUGGGUUUAAAGUUGUUGCAGGAGAAGGUGUUAAAUUUGUCUUCAACAAAGUUGACAUGCAAAGUCCUGACAAUGAGUAUUUCUUCUGCAUAAAGGUCAACAAACAUGAAUAUAGCUUAAUUCAAUGUGUUCCAUUACUGAAAGACUCUGAAGAACUGGUGAAGGAUUUGAACUGCACUAACGAUCUGUUCAAGUUUGUUAGAAUCAUGAGAACAAGAUUCCAAGCGGCUGCAAGCAAAGGGGCUCAUCCUGCAAUUUCAUUGUGCAUAGACACAUCAUCCACGACGAUUUCAUCGCCACCGGCUAUGUCAGUUGAUACCACAAGCGAAAGCACCACCAAUCAAAGCCAUUCUCGAAACCGGUCAAAGAAUCAAGAUGCUCAUGCAAAGAGAGGGGCUCGUUCCCAGUCAACAAGAUCUCCCCUUAGAACACCAUCUAGCACGCGCCGCUCCCCACGUUUCGUGGCUGCAGAAGCAGGAAAUAAGCCUUAGGCACAUCAAACACCACUUGAGCUUUGGCAAGCUUGCCCCUGAGGUUUGUUUACGAUCAGAUCGACCAUGCUCUAGCUAUGUGGCGCGCUAGAGCUCCAUGCUCCAUGUCCUGUGUAAGCGCCUCCACCCUCCCAGCGACUAGAUUUAGCCUGGAUAAUCGACGACUGCGUCUAUAGUGUUAUGUAACAACAGGCAUCAUAGUUCUAGGAAUACAUGUUUCACAAUUAAUGUGCUCAUUGUAGGAAUACCCCUGAGUUGGAACAGGGGAAGUUCCAUCUCGAACUCGCCCUUGCAUCCGCCUAACGACGGCGGCUCUCAUGACCUGUACAUUGUAGCGUUAUACAUUAUGUUGGUUGCAGCUGGGUGAUAAUGCAUCAAAUAAAUCCCCCGCGAGCAUUGUAGGUGUAGGCAGUUUGGUUUCGCUCUCUGCUAUGAGAUUGUAGUGUUGUUACACAU